UCUCGAUAUUAUCUGCCCUCGUCUCGUCUUCUUCCCCAAAUUUUUUCAUCGUAAAUCCAAUUUUUUCUAUCCUUUUUUUUUUACUGGAAAUUUUCAGUUAAUCUUGCAAUUGAUCUGUGGAUUCAUCCUUUUCUCGUUUCCCUCUAUCUAUUGAUCCCAAUUUUGAUCUAUUUCGUUCGCCAGAAAAAUUCUAGGGUUAGGGUUGUUCAUCUCCUCUCUAGUUGUUUAAUAUCUUGAUCCAUCGUUUUAUUUCGCUAUUUACAUCUAUUAUCAUAAAUAUUCCUAUUAAAUUUUAUGUCAAUUUGGUGUUUUUCGUCCCCGAUUAGGAUUUAGGGCUCAUAUUUUCCGAUCUAUCUCAGGGCGUUCUAGAUCUGUAAAUUAUUAGAGGGCUUUUUCUUGAUUUGUAUAGAUUUGGUCAAUUCUUAUCCAUUCCACACUUGAUUUGUUUAAAUUUUAUGGUAGACCGGAGUCUAGGGUUAGGGCUUUUUCUGAUUUGGGGAUUUUCGAAUUUUUCCAGCUUAAGCUUCUAAACCCCUAAAGUUCUAUUGGCUUUCCCUGUUUUAUCGCAUUCCAUCCUUUGUGGUGUUAGCCUGAAACCUUGUCCGAGCUUUUCCCCUUCAGAGAGGUAAUUAACACGUUGAAAAUGGGAUUCAAGCGCCCUUUUGAAGAUGAGAAAUAUCAUGAGCUCCCACUCAAACAUUCAAGACAGCUUGGCUAUACCGAUAAGUCGACUCAGUUUGAAGAAUUUAGUCCUCGCCAUGCUCUUUUUCAGAAACCUGUUGCCACGGUGAAUGAAGGAAAUCUGUGUAAGUCACAGGGCGGUGAAUCAUCUGAUGGUGAUAUGUUUGAAGAGUCCAAUUUUGUUUACCCCAGUCAUGACAUGGAUGAUACUUUUACAUGGGUUACAAACGGUUGUGGUGGAAGAGAUGCAACACACUCUCCCCAUUCUGGAAAGUUUUUCGAGCUGGAUGUACCUCCAAGAGUGUUUGCUCCUGUUGAGAAUUUCUAUUCUUUCCUCUUGGACCAACCUGCCAGAAAGCAAGUGCCCAUAGGACCAGGUUUUCAAGCCGAAAUUCCUGAAUGGGAAGGUAGGCAGACUGGGUGUAUAGAACCCACAGGCACGACGGUUCAAAGUCACAAUAUUGAAUGUGCUUAUGGUGAGAAGUUUUUUGGUACGUGUGUUGUUCCCAUGCCUGCUUUGAAUACAUUUGCACAUAUGGAUGACAUAGUAGGGAAGGGUAGAAAGUUCUGUAUCUGCCGGGACAGGGGUUCUGUCAGGUGUGUGGGCCAGCACAUCCAAGAAGCUAGAGAAGAAUUAGUCAAGGCAUUUGGAAGUGAGAGAUUUAAAGACCUGGGCUUAUGUGAUAUGGGGGAAGCAGUUGCAUGGAACUGGAGUGAUGAAGAUGCACAACUUUUUCAUGAGGUUGUUUAUUCCAAUCCUGUUAUAUCGGGUCGGAACUUUUGGAAACACUUGGAAGCUGCAUUUUGUUCCCGAACUCAGAAGGAGAUUGUUAGCUUCUACUUUAAUGUUUUUAUCCUCAGAAGAAGAGCCAUACAGAACAGAACUUAUAUAUUGGAUAUUGAUAGUGAUGAUGAUGAAUGGCAUGGAUGUUAUGGUGGCUCUUCGGGUGCUCGAAAUGCUGAAGAAGAUGAAGAAUACUCUGCUAUUGAGUCUCCUCUUCAUCAAGGGACUGAGAAAGUGUAUCCACUUCAUCAUGAAGAGGGUGAAGAAAAUUCCAGUAAUAGCUGCAAUGAUGAAGAUGAUGAUGACUAUGUUGAUACUAGAGAGAGUGGCACUGGACUGUAUGAUGAGCAGAAGAUGAAUUCAACAGUCGAAUAUAUGGAUAGAGUUUCUGGGAACAAUGGGGAGAGACUGAACGUGGAAGAUGACUCGUGCACUUCCUUUGAACUUGCACAUGAUGCAGUCAACUGCGCAAAGAACGAUGAGACUGUUACUGGAGAGGAUCAGAAGAAGGUGGAGAGUAUUGAUGAUCCCAUGGGCACUAAAGUUGGGAAUGUAAUGAAGUGCACAAAUGUGUCAACAAAUGGCAGAAACCUUGAACCAACCCAAAGCAUCAUGGAAGAGAUAUUUGGUCAUGGAUCCUGGGCAAGAAACAAGUGAAGAAGCAACAUCAUUCUCAACAACUUGCCAGAAUCAUGGGAGAGAUAUUCGGGUUUUAUGGGGUCCUCCUACAAAAAAUUGUUCCUAUUUAAAAGUAGAGAGAACGGGGAGAGAGAGAGAGAGAGAGACUUUUAGACUAAGAAUUUUUCAGCCUUUGUUUUCUCAUGUGGAAUCUUGUGAAUGGGCUGGUGUUUCUACUUUUCUUGGGUCCCUCUUGCUCAAAAUCCUUACUUAGAAUGUCAGAAUCUCUCUGAUUUGCAGAAAAGAUUUUCUCUUCAUCGAUCUUUAAAUUUUGUUCA